AUGACCAAAGUUUUCAUCAUUGGCGCCACGGGGUUAGUGGGUGGCGAGUUUCUUAAAGCGGUUGACGCCUCCAGCAAAUAUACUGGCGUUACCACUUUAACCCGUCGUCAAUUGCCCCAAGAUGUGUCAUCCAAAGUCAAUGCGAUUGUUGAAGCUGAUACCUCCAAAUGGCCAACGAUCAUCCAGUCUGAACAAGACCCUAAUGUGUUUUUCUCUGGUCUUGGGACCACCAAGGCCGAUGCUGGCGGGUUAGAUAAACAAUACAAGAUUGACCACGAUUUGAACUUGGAAUGUGCUAAGGCUGCCAAAAAGGCUGGCUUCACCACCUACGCUUUAAUCAGUAGUGAUUUGGCUAGCUCUUCUUCGAGGUUUGGGUACUUGAAGAUGAAGGGUGAACUAGAAGAUCACGUCAGUGAAUUGGGGUUCGCCAAAUGUUACUUUUUCAGACCAGGGUUGUUAUUGGGGGACAGAACAAAAGCAAAGGCUCCAAUUGCCGAGGCGAUUGCUGGGAAAUUCCACCGGACUUUCAUGUCAAAGUAUAUGAUGAAGCCGAUCUAUGGUAGUGAGGUUGCCAAAGCAGUAUUGAGAGUGGUGGAGCAGCCGCCAGCCGGCUCUUCAAACCCAAGAGUGUUUGAUGCUACAGAAUUACUUGAUAUUAGUGAAGAAAAGAACUAG